AAUACUUCCUGUUCAGGGCUUUUGCCUUCAACAAAAAUGGUGCUUACGGUACAGGUUCCCUGACACUUUGGAGUCCGGUUGCAGUUUUUUUUUUUUUUUUUUUUUUUUUUUCCUUAAGAUACGUGUUUGCAGACGGGGAGAUGGAGGCUAGAGACAAGCAAGUGCUUCGCUCCCUUCGCCUCGAGCUGGGUGCAGAGGUACUGGUGGAGGGACUGGUCCUCCAGUAUCUUUACCAGGAAGGGGUCUUGACGGAAAGCCAUGUUCAAGAAAUUAAAGCUCAAGCCACAGGCCUCCGGAAAACAAUGCUGCUGCUGGAUAUCCUACCUACCAGGGGUCCUAAAGCAUUCAAUGCCUUCCUAGAUUCCCUGCAGGAAUUCCCCUGGGUAAGGGAGAAACUGGAGAAGGCCAGAGAAGAAGCCAUGGUUGAGCUGCCUGCAGAUGACCGGAUGGCUGGAAUCCCCCCGCACAUCCUCCACAGUUCCCCUUCUGACCAGCAGAUCAACCAGCUGGCCCAGAGGCUGGGCCCCGAGUGGGAGCCCGUGGUGCUGUCCCUGGGGCUGUCCCAGACCGACAUCUACCGCUGUAAGGCCAACCAUCCCCACAAUGUUCAGUCCCAGAUGGUGGAGGCCUUGGUUCGCUGGAGGCAGCGCUUCGGGAAGCAGGCCACCUUCCAGAGCCUGCACAGGGGUCUCCAGGCCGUGGACGUGGACCCCUCGGUGCUCCAGCACAUGUUGGAAUGAUGGCGCCCCAUCAGCACCUGGGGAGUCCAUCCCCUAGUCUCGUGUGCCGAAUCCUGAGUCUCACCCAGGGCAGGUAGAUUUGGGGGGACUGGUUUGUUUGUUUUAGUGAUUUCUUAGAUGAAAGGAGAUAAUGGGAUUUCUACUUGACGUUACUUGAAAGGCGGGAUUACUCAGUUGAUCUCCCAUGGUGAUUUGACAAUUCAUUGUUUCUAAUUGCUCGGAGAUUACAUUAUUUGAAUUGUGCAGGUUUUAAUUGUGUGGUUGCCUUUUAAUAGACUGGUAAAUCCUAGUGGCUCAAAAAAAUACAGGUGUUCUAUAUAUAAAACAUCCACUUUUAUGUUGCCUGGGAACUGAACUGUGGACUUAGCUAUUAAUCAUGAUGUUAAUAAUAAAAAUUGAAUU